UGAUUGAUAUAUGAUUUCACAGGGAUGAUCUAGGCUGAUUAUCUCCUGUUUUCCAUUCCAAUCUGUUAGGUUAUAGUUUCGUUGUAUCAUUAUCUUUGAAGUUACUUGAAAAAUAGGGUCGCUGAUUUCUCUUUUAAGGAUGGCUCCUGUAGACAAAUCUCCCCCUGCUAAAGCAGAGAGCAAUUUUUACCUAGUCUGCUCAUCUAAAGCAAAUGAUUUAAUUCCAGUUCAUAAAUACAAAUCGUCCCUUACCGGAUUAACAAUUGUGUUGGCCGAAGUUGAAGGGCCGGUUGUCAAUGGCUAUUUCUGUUUAGCUACUGAGGCCCAUGAUGAUGACGGUUUGCCCCAUACUCUGGAACAUUUGGUUUUUCUGGGGAGUGAACAGUACCCAUACAAAGGCGUUCUGGAUCUCUUGGCCAAUAGAUGUCUGGCUUCUGGGACUAAUGCAUGGACAGAUACAGACCACACUUGCUACACGAUGACAACAGCUGGCAGUGAGGGGUUCCUUUCACUCAUCCCCAUCUACUUGGACCAUAUUCUGUACCCCACUCUUACGGACUCAGCGUUUGUGACGGAGGUACACCAUGUGACGGGCGAGGGAGAGGAUGCUGGGGUGGUGUAUUGUGAGAUGCAAGGGAGGGAGAACACAGGAGAGUCUAGAGUGUACCUGCAGCUGCUGAGGACCAUCUACCCGGGACACUGCGGCUACAAGAGUGAGACCGGCGGCAUCAUGAGGAACCUGCGCGAGACUGUCAACAAUGACAAGGUGCGAGCGUACCACAAAGAGUUCUACCGACCAGAAAACCUUACGUUGAUUAUCACUGGACAAGUGAAGCCGGAAGACCUGUUCAAAACUCUAGAGCCUUUUGAGCAGAAAAUCGCUUCCAAGGGUACAAGAGAGCAAUUCAAGCGGCCGUGGCAGGACCCUGUGCCUCCGUUGAAAGAGUCUGCCGACAUUGAAGUCAAGUUUCCCUGUGAUGAAGAGGACAAUGGGAUGGUCUAUGUUGGCUGGCGGGGACCUUCUGCUGUCACUGAUCUAUACAAAUUGGCUGCAUGUUCAGUGUUGAUGAAGUACAUGACAGACACUUCAGUCAGCCCGCUGCCCAAAGAGUUUGUGGAGAUCUCCGAUCCAUAUUGCAGCAAGGUUUCAUACUCGCUGGUAGAAAACUCUGAAUCCGUUUUGAUGCUACAAUUUGAAAAUGUGCCAGUUGCUAAGAUUGGUGCGGUGAAGGAUCGGCUUAUGCAGGUGCUGGAGAAGAUAGUGAGUGGACAGGAGCCAAUAGUCAUGAAGCGGUUGUCAACUGUCGUCAACCGUCACAGACUGGAGUGUUUGAGUCAUCUGGAGAACAGUCCUCACGACAGCAUUGCCUUCAUGGCCAUCGGGGACAUGUUGUACGGCAACACCAAGCAAGACCUGGACCAGAGACUGAACCAAGUGGCAGAUCUGUACAAGAUGCAGGAGGAAGACAUGACAUUCUGGACGUCCCUGAUCAAGCAGUACUUACUGACAGGGGCCAGUGUGACUGUGAGGGGAGUGCCUAGUGUGGACGAGCAACAGGAGAUGGCGAGGGAGGAGAAACUGAGAGUGCAAAGUCAACGGGACCUGCUGGGGGUGGACGGGCUCAAGGAAAAGGAAUUGAUGUUGACUCAGGCCAUGGAACAGAAUGAGAUCCCUCCACCAGCUGGUAUGCUCAAGUCAGUCAACAUUCCCAGUAUUGAGUCAAUACAGUUCCACAGGAUACAGACGUUCACCACAGACUCCAAACAGCCUCAUCCCAUGUUUGAUACUAGUCAAGUCCCCGUAUACAUACAAGUGGAUCACAUCACCACCAACUUUGUUUAUAUAUUCGUGCUGAUGGACACAGUGGAGGUGCAGUCGGCGCUGAGGCCGUACCUGCCGCUGCUGUUUGAGGCAUUGCUGGAGUGUCCGGUCCAGCGGGGAGAUCACCUGGUACCCUGGGAGGAGGUUGUGGCUCAGCUAGAGGCAGACACUGUAGCUGCUGUCACCAGACUGGGACUGGAGACCACGUCACGCUUCCAGUGUGGACCCUACUGUCAGACUGGCUCUCUCAUGCUGCAGCUGGAGCCAAGCAAGUAUGAGAGAGGGAUAGAGUGGGUGAAGGAGCUUCUAUACAACACUCACCUCAACGCUGAGAGACUCAAGAUCAUUGCUGCCAAGAUGGUCAACGAUGUGGCACAAGUCAAGAGAAAAGGCAACACCAUCGUCAGGGAACUCAUGAAAGGUCUUCUCUACACCAAAGAAAGUAACCACCACACGGCCAGUGUGCUCCGACAGCACAAGUUCCUAUCACAGUUGCUGGACAGACUCAACUCCCCCGAGGAGUGUGACCGGGUAGUGGCCGAGAUAGACCAGGUGCGCAAGAUGGUGACUCACCCUUCCAACAUGGUGGUACACCUGGCAGCCAACCUGGACACACUGGCUGCGAGGUUCCCCAACCCUGGCUCACUGUGGGGACAGCUCCUGCCAGACACACACUCUCCACACAGACACAAACUACGAGUCACCUCUGACUGGGAGCUACUGCAGGACUCCUCAGCCUCCAAGAUACACAACUGUGUGGUUGGGAUAGGCGCAGUGGAGUCAGCGUACUACUGCCACACGGCACCGGCAAUACGGGACUUCCUAGACCCUGACCUGGCGCCCCUGCUGGUCUUCCUGCAGUAUCUCACACAGCUCGAGGGUCCAAUGUGGAGACUGAUCAGAGGCCAAGGGUUUGCCUACUCGUACAACAUGAUCCCUCGACCAAACGAAGGACUUCUCUACCUCACUUUCUACAAAGCUACCAAUGUCAUCGGUGCCUACAACAAAACUAAAGUCAUCCUUGAUGAAAAGUUGGCAGACGAUGUAACAUGGGAGGACUCGCUGUUUGAGUCGGCCAAAAGCUCGCUCAUCUUUGAGAUCAUUGAGAGAGAGAAGAGCAUCGGGGAUGUAGUGGCUCAGUCGCUGUUGUCUUACUUCAAACAUGUCGACCAUAAUUACAACAGAUGGCUGGUGAGUAUGAUCGCUAAGGUUACCAAGGAGGAUCUCAGUCGAAUGGGGCCCAAAUAUGUCAAAUUAUUGUUUGACCCUUCCAUCUCACGCACAAGCAUCGUCUGCCAUCCUUCCAAGGUGGAUGAACUAAACAACGGCUUUAAGGAACUGGGAAUCAACCUGACUUCCUACACCACGCUAGAAGAGACUUUCCUCAAUGAUUGGUAGCCGGGUUCCAUUCAACUAGUCUUUACCAACUCAUGCAGGGUCCUUCUUUUUAAUUUUAAGCAUUUAUACUGCGUUUUAAGUGUUUUCACUCAAAUUGAAGAGUGAAUAAAUUUGUUUCUAUGUUUAGAUAUUUUUUAUAUCUCAUUCUACUAAUCGUGUAUAAUUCGCCAGUAUAUUGUUUAAUAUUUUUGUUUGUUGGGGUUUUAUACAAACCUUAAAUUGGUACUUAUGUCAGAUAAAAAUGUUAUCGGACAAAUGAAUAUUUUCUUUGGUCCAUGAAUCUUCAAUGUUUGGAAGAUUUUUUUUCAACAUUGUUUAUUACUUUUCUUCUUCUACUAGUUUUAGAUACCGUCAAAUCAAUUCUUUGUUUUUGAGCCUCAUAUUGUAUUGUUUUGUAUUUUUACUUUUGUCUUGUAUAUUAAUUUACUUAUGAUAUCUGACCAGAACAAUAAUUAUUUCAGUUACAAUUUAUUUUAUAUAUUUAUUUUUAUUACUGGCUGCAUUAACAAUCACUAUAGGUCUUUUGAUGUUUUUGCAUAAACUUGUAUUUUGUAUUCAUUUUUGAAAGAAUAAUUGAAAAAAUACAUUAUAUCUAAUUUUUAAUCAAGAUUACUUUCAAAUAAAAACGUUGUUUUGUUUGAAAUUGUUUGUAAGCACUCAUUUUUAGCGAAUUCCCCAUAUAGGGAUUAAGCUGUUACCGUAGGUCUCAUGGUUAGACCUAGCCCCGGGACUGAUUUACUUCAUUGUUUUAAGGUUUCCAGACAAAAAACACAAUCCGUUCAAUUUCAUUUAGGCCUACCUGCCAUACACAAUCGUUCAAAUCCAUAUACAAAAUACAUAAUCUGACUAUGGAAACAAGGUUUUAUGAGGAAAAUCGGUUUUCCUCAUUUUUGACCCUUAAUAAAUAUAACUUUCCAAUACAUCUCAAACAUUUUGAAAAGCUCAUAAAAUAAAACAAAAAGGUUAAGAAGUGUUUUUGUAUGUUUAAUUGUUAUAGAGAAUUUUUUUAUGAAAUCUUUUAAUGCAAAUCCAACUAGGUAAAUGGAAAUUCCUUUAGUCUGCAGGUUUGCUGCGGAAUGGGUAAUUGAGUUCUAGUGUAGUGUGAAAUUACAGAAACGUUUACUUCAUAAUUUUGCAUUUACAAAGCACCUUUUUUUUAUUCAUGAAAAAAUGAAAUGCUUAAAUUGGUUGUAAAAAUUUUGUUCAUUAACAAAAGUUUUUGAUAUAGGCCUAAAUAACAUGUUUGUAUUGUAUUUUUCCAUUAGUAACUGCAAAUGAAUUUAUAGUUUUGAGUGUUUGUAAAAUUAAAGAAUCUCAUAACUUUACAACCAAAAUUACUCAUGAGAAUGGUUUUUCAUGUUAAAAAGAAGCUACAGGUCUUAAAGGCCUCGUGUUGCUGAUUUUAAAAGCAGUUGAAAAAAGUCAGCAUACAUGUUGUACAUGUUGAAUGCUUGACUAUUGAUAUGUCGAUGCACAAAACCCUUACUAAACCGGUGCCUUAUCUAUCUGUGGAUGAAACAAGCUAACUCUAACGUUACACAAAUCAAUAUGUCUGUAUGAUACACUAAAUCAACUAAAUUAAACAAUAAGAUUAUUUUUGUACAUUAAUUUAUUGUAUAUUUAAUUUAUUUCUCUGUAAAUUAUUUGUGUUGUGGUGAAUAACAUAAUCAAAAUAAAUAACGUCUAAAAGGCUACUAUUGUGAAAGAUAAGGUUACUUUAAGCUAUGGAAAGCAUUGUAGUUGUUAUUUUGUAAGAAACUAAAAAUCAAUCUAUUAUAAUUUAAAUUUGUAUGAAAGUUUUUCUGCUGCUUAUCCAUAGGGUUUAAUUUUAAAUGAAAAAUGAAACUUUAUAAGAAUUGAAGUUUUUAAGUAAAGCAUUAAAAGUUAGAAAA